GCGUUUGAUUUGGGGCUCCGCGCUUAGAUGGCAGGGGCUGUUUCUGAAAGCAGGCGAAAUCCUUCUCAUUUCUCUAAUGUUGAACUCAAAUGUUGCACAUGAUGGAAAAGAUCGCAAAUACCCAUGCCCACUUUACUCAUUGGGGACUGAUAUCAGAAACAGCCUUCGGCGACAUAUAACGCGUAUGCAUUCUAACGUGGAUAUUGGUCCUGGAGCGAAAGGACAUCGCACUGAUAGUGAUUCGAAAAUAAUCUUGAAACACUUGCUGCUAAGGAAGAAGUUACACUAUUCAAUGUUAUACUGUUAAAGAUAUCUACGGUCGAAGAAGAGGCUGAAGAAUCUGUGAACUUUUAUGGGUGCGCUAUUUGCCAACUCCGGUUUUCGUACCGUGACGAACUCAAAUAUUACUAUGAACAUAUUCAUAAAGUCCUGCUUACGCCGGAUGUUGCUGAAAAAUUAU